UACCAAAAGAUAAGAAGUAUAAAUUUUAGCAUUAAUAAAAUUCUAAAACUUUUAUUUUACCAUGGGAUUUUUUAAUUAAGUGUUUAGUUAUUGGAGCUAUACUUAAGAAAUAUUUUCUCUCAAAAAUAAAUUAAAAAAUCAGAAUGGAAUCUGAUUACAAAUCAUCUUUAAAUCAAAAUAUAUGUACACAAAAACCAAUGUAUGACUGGAAAGAUGUCACUUCUGAAUUUUUUGAUUCUAUUAAAGAACUUGAAUUAGGUGAACUCUUGCAUGGAUACUUCUUUGGUUUAUUCGAAGCCAUGUCAGCUAUUGAAAUAAUGGAUCCAAAAAUGGAUGCCGGAAUGAUGUGUAAUCGUGAAUCAAAAGCUAUUAAAGUUGAAGAUUUAAAAUUAAAAGGCUUAACAGUACCAGAACAAAUUUCGAUAAUCGAUAUUACAUUAGCUUGUUUAGUUUCUUGGCUAGAAGGACAUUCAUUAGCACAAACUGUAUUUACAAAUUUAUAUUUCCAAAAACCUUACAAUAUUGAAGAUACUCCAUUAAAAGCAUUCUGUAUUUGUACAUAUAAAAUAAUUGAGUCAAUUAGAGAUUUUGCCAACAGGGCACAAGUGUUUGAAGAAGAAGAUUUCCAGCCUGCACUAUAUAAUUACCAUUAUUUCUCUGAGAUCACUGAACAAAGAGUUAUUGGUAUGAUGAGAGAAGUCAAUGAAGAAUUAAGCAAUGCCAUGAAAUCAAAUGAUAUAAAAGAUAAUGAGUUAAUGGAAUCUUUGAGUGUACGUAUAAAGUUUGUUAGAUUAUUUUUUCAAAUUCUUCUCUCUUUUAAUCGGCGUGAAAAUCAAUUAAGUUCAAUGGGCGAAACACAAAGGCUACUAACUACUUGUAGUCUAUUAAUCCCUUUAUUAAUUAAGACUGUUGAUAAAGGUGUAUCAAAUGAUGAUGAUGUACAUUUCAAAUUGGGCUUUGAUCCUCUCAUUAAUCAAAAAUUAUUACCUCCUACAUUUCCAAGAUAUACAAAAAUUAAGUCACCUACUGAUGCAUAUCUUUAUUUUGAUGGACUACUAACAAGACUGAAACAAAUUUGUAAAAUGACAAAUUGUGUAACAUUUAUAAGUGCUCUUGAAUGUUUUAUUGAGCUUGGCCACAAUGGUCAUUUGUGUAUUGUGUCUAGAUCUAUUAUGCAAACACUUUACUUUCCUCAACCUAAUAGAGUUUUUGGAACUCAAGAUUUAGAAGAUUGUCUUAAGGAAUGGGCAAAAUCUUUUAUAGCACCUCCAUCACUUGUUACACGAUUCAAUAUUUUAUCUAAUUCACAAGCAAAAGAUUGUGUAAGUAGUUUUUUUGAACAUUGUACUCGCCCUUUUGCUGGUUUUAUUCAAAUAUGUGGUCAUAAUCGAGCUCGUCAAAGAGAUAAACUAGCACAUCUAAUGGAAGAUUUUUCUGCUUUACAAGAUGAGUCUCAAAGAGUUGAUGCUUUUUUGCAUACAUUUUCUUCAAAAUUGGACCCACCUAAGGAACAUCUAGCUAGUUUUAGUACUUGGAUAAUUUACCAUACGAUACGUAUCAUGAUAAUGUUUUUGUUGUCUGGUUUUGAACUAGAACUAUAUAGUCCACAUGAAUAUCAGUAUAUAUAUUGGUAUUUAUAUCAAUUUUUGUAUGGAUGGCUGGUUUCUACUUUAAAUAGAGCUGAUAGUGUGUUAUAUGGCAAUGAUUCUCCUUCUGAUUCUCAAAAGAAUCGCACAAAGAGAAAUAAAACAAAAAAGAAAAAAUCUCAUCCUUACAGCCAAGAAAUUAUUAUGUGUCAUGCUAUGCAAAGUUUAACGGGUGCUUAUUUUAAGACUUUAGUUGGUUUUCAAUUGGAGGGUAAAAUACGACCACCAAAACAUGCAAAGUUUGAUAAUGAGAGAGUACGAUAUGAACAUAGAUUUGCAGCAUUUUCUCUAGUUGCAGUUCCACCUCCAUUCUCAUAUGCUGAAUUUCAAAUGACUAGGUGUCAAGUAAAAGAUGCUGCAUCAGGUGAUUCAGGAAUGCUUUAUUUAACAGGUUGUGAGUUAUUUCAUCAGGCAAGGUGUUUGCUUGAUACUUUACCUCAACCACAUUCACAGCAGGUACUUGACCUCAUAAAAGUUUGUAAAACAAAUUUUGUCACAAUGAAAUUACUUGCUGGUGGAUACAUGAGAGGACCAAAAGUUACUUUAGAUUUUGAUUUUUCUACUAACCCUUGUUUUCCUAUUUUUAAAUUAAGUUAAUUUUGAACAAUAGCUUAGACUUAAUUACUUCAUUGGUAAAAUUGAUCGGGGCUCAGAAAAUAAUAUACUACCAAACUUAAAAUUAUCAUAAUAUUACUGAUAUAAAAAUGUAAAAACUCUCUUUUAAUAUCAAUUUAAAUUUAUGAAAUUGACAUAUAACAACCCCAUCAAUUAAGCCUUUGAGAAAUAAUAAUUUAAAGACUGUUUGAAACUAAUGCUAAAUUGAUAAUAAUAUAUAUGUAUAAUCCUUUUACAUGCAAUUAAAUUAAUAUUUUAUUGUAUGUUGAGUUAUGUAAAUUUUGAUUGCAAAAAAUAACAAAUUUUUUUUAAAUACCUGAAAAACAUUUCUGUAAGUGUGAUGAGUUUCUUAUGUUAACUAUAGUAUAAUGUAAGGUUUCUGGUACAGGGACUGAAAUAAUAAUUUGUGUUCAAAUUAUAUUACUAAAAAAUUCUUCAUUUAGCUGAAAUAAAAUUAGUUGUUGUUUUA